AUGGACUCUACAAUUGUAUCUAACACUGAAGAACCAACCAUGUGUUGUGUACCCAUGGUAAUUUUGUCAUGA